AUGGCGUUCAUAUUUCUACGACUUUUGGUGUUGGGUGUGAUCGCGGCGGCGGCCGGCGAUGUACAAAUAACGUGGUUGACGCCACCACGCGGUGUGGUGUCGUGCGUGGUGGCGGAUGAAGGUAGGGCGCAGCGCAGACCACCCCCUCCUCUAGACGCCGACGAUCACCCGAGGAGCAGAGUGCCGAGGAGGUUGGGUGGAGAAAGAGUGGAGGUGUUGCGCCAAAGGAACGGCACCGAAGGGGUCUACCAGUGUUCGGUGGCUCACCAGAAGGGCAUAGUGCUUGGAUAUCCUGUACACUGGAAGUUCGCAUCUAUGCACGACCAGUUUACGAGACAUCCAGAGAAUAGUACAGUUUCGGCGGGAACACCUCAUGUUCUGACUUGUGAAAUACCAUCAUCUCCUCCCGCCACUGUCUCCUGGCUUCGCAACGGGGAAAGCUUAUCGAAAACUGAAAGAUAUAUAUUCCUGAAUACACAACUAGUUUUUACUGAGGUUAGAAAAGAGGAUGCCGGUGUUUAUAAAUGUAAAGUUACAAACAAGUACCUGAAUAAGACGAGAUCGAGUCGUGCCGCGUGGCUAAAAGUGGUGGAUCCUGUGGAUUCGGAACCAGGGAUCCUGCCGUUACAGGACGAGGUCAACAUUUUGGCGCCCAGGUUCUCGAGGGUCCAGCUGUUAUGCCCUGUAGUCGGGUGGCCCAGGCCUAAAAUAACUUGGGAGUUCACGUCUCCGGGAAGUAGAACAGCGAUUCUAGAGUCCGUCGAUGAAGUUCUAGUGUUGACCAGUCUAGAGUUUGAUCUCGAAGGAGUCUACAGGUGCACCAUAGAUGACUACAGCCAUUUGAUUAAGGUAUUUAGUGUGACGAUAUCAGAACCUGUGGUGAUUACUGUUCCACCAGUAUCUAAGGAGGUAAUUCGAGCUGGUACGGUGCGCUUCAACUGUUCAGCUUCUGGAAAACCUGCACCCACUAUCACUUGGUAUAAGGAUGGGAAACUUAUCCAUAUGGGUGGAAGGUUCAACAUGCGGUCAUCGCAAUCUGGAAACCGCUAUCAGAUGGUAGUAGGCGGAGUGACUUCAGCUGACGCAGGUAUCUACCAGUGUUUCGCCAGCAACAAUAUAUCGAUGCAGUCAUCGUGGGCAGUAUUGAGCGUGACGGGCGAGCAUACUGCCGCGCCGCCCACCAUCCGCUGCUGGCCGCUGGGGUACGCCGUACUGCUGCGGUGGGCGCAACCCACCGCUGAUGUCAUGGCAUACACCGUGCAGACCACGCUGCCAGUUUGGCCUGGAACACCUCAUAACAACACAGAAGAGAUAAUCCCAGUCACGGAUCCUUUGACUACCUAUUCUUUUCAGGUUCGUGCUUUCAUUCGAGGUCCAGGCAAAAAUGUGGCAACAGACAUGUCUGAUGCCGUGCAAUGUCAGGGUCAAGGAGUGCCAGUACAUAUAUUGAAACAAAAUGAAGAGAAAAUCAUAGUGUCCUGGAAAGAUUUUGCUGAAAAUACACAAGGAGUGGCGCAAUGGAUAUUACAGUACAGACCGGUUAAUUCAACCGAGGAGCAUAACAUUACGUUGCCAGGGGAGGUGUUUAACUAUACUCUACAUGUAUCUCCUAAAGAGUCUAUUGAAGUGCGCCUUUUGGGGUCAAUGAGUGAAGAUUGGCUGCAGCAGAACUUGACGCUCCUUCCGUGGACACUUGCCAGUGAACAGAACGACGUCGGCAAAACGACAAUGAUCCCAUUUGAUGUCCGAGUUUCACAAAUAAAACAGCGAGAGUUCACCGUUAGAUGGCGUCAUGAAGGCGCCGAGACCACCUUUAAUGUGUGUGUCAAAACGUUUGAUGGAGCUCGGAAGUGUCUGGAAAGCGUAAAUAAUACCAUAAUAGUGGACGGAUUAGAACCGGAUACAGAGUAUUUGGUGGAGGUGGCAGCAAUGUCAGCCGGACACAAGCCUGGACCAUCCAGUAUACCCGUUCUGAUCACCACUGCUCUUGACGGUCCAGAUUUCUUUAAUAAUUUGGCGUGGAAGUUUGUGAAUUCAACAACCGUGCGCGUGUCGUGGAACGCGCCACCCGGCAAGUACAUUGUGCAGUACAGCUCUGAGCUGAACGUGCCCGUUGAUUUCUGGGACACCAUAGAAACAGUCACCAACACUGUUUUGAUCAACAACAUUGAUACAACAAAAGACACGUUCGUAAUGGUAUCAGGCUACGAUCCCCUCGUGUAUAGCACAGUCAAAACUAUACCAGCUCAAGUACCAGUAUCGGGGGUAGAGUGGUGGUGGACGCCGCGCGGCGUGGGCGUGCGCUGGGAGGGCGAGGGCCGCGUGCUGCGCUACUCGCAGAACCUGACGCGCUCCGUGGAGCACUGGCCCGCGCUAGAGGUGCCCGGCACCACUGUAGAGCUAACGAACCUAGAUCCCUCCCUGCCUACGUAUGUGAUGGUCGCGACGCUCACAGGCAAGAGGAAUGAGGUAUUCAACAUACCAGUGAGGCCCGCUGAAAGCUCCUCGCUGUAUGUGGGGCUUGGUAUUGGUGCGGGCGUGUUUCUCGCAUGCCUAUUGGCUGUUGCGGCAGUUUGUCUGUGGCGUAGAAGGAAAGGAACCGGCACGCCGCUCCGGUGAGUGCUUUACAGCCUUUACAGAGAUCCUUUAUUUGUGCGAUUUAGUAUAAUUUCCGAGUCUAUUAAUAGCUUCACUAGAGUGAAUGAAUGAACGAAAGAAUGGAUGGAUGGAUGAAGGAACGAAUGCAAUAAUGAAUGAAAGACGUAUAUUCUUGAGUAGUUCGGUGGCGUUGUAGAAAUUUCGCAAGGAUCGUUCAAGGAAUGGGUAAAAUUAUUAUCUCGAGCUAUUUCGCGCUUUGGUGGCACGUUGAGCUGUUGUUCCUGGCUGAAAUUGAAGUCGUUUAUACCUUCCAAUCCGCAUUCGGCCAGUGUGGAGGAUCAUGGCUCAUCUUUCUUAACCAUCCAUAAGGAAGGCUUGCGCCCUUGCAGUGGGGAUGAAAAAGUGCUGAUUAUGACGAAGAUUUCGGUAUAAUUGGUUUUUAUAAUGAUCCUUCACAUAUUUAUUGACAGUCUACGCCGUAGGAAUGUUUCAUCAAACGAAGAAGAAGAUGAAGAGGCUGCUGAAAUGAAGGUAAAGAAAAACGAUAAUUUUAUUUUAUUUAACUCAGUAACAGAUUCACAGACAGACGCCAUUAUAAGCAAGCAGAUGAUAAACUCUCACGUUAAUAAGUAAUAUGUCCUUAAAGAGUCAAUAGUUUUUAUAUUCUUUAUGUCUCAAUUAGCCGUCAUCUCGACAUUCUCUCCCUUUCUUACGCAUUAAUUUUUUGGUUUUCCUUUUCUUUCCAAAGCUUACUUAUAAGUGACCAGUUCUAGUAAUUUAGUAUGCUUGUCCAUAUUGCAAAUAAUAAUUAUUGAUCAGUAACGGUUUGUGUUUCCCAACUUUAUUUAUAAGGUAACAUAACUCAAAAUGUCAACUGAUAAUAUUUAUUACUACGGGUCUAAUGAUUUGGAUAAAUGAAAGAACUUUAAGAGUUAUAUCGUAAGGUCGUAUUUCGCAGAGCGUAGGUGGACGGUUGGCUAAUGGUGGAGGGUCAAAGGAUGCUGGAGAACCACUGCUCAAUGGCCACGUGCACAUCACCGAAAACCCUCAAUCUAAAACGCCCAACGGGAAAUUGAAUAAAGUCAUCGUUCCCUUUGACUUAUCUCGCUACGAAGAGCCAGACGCAACCCUGGAGACGGUCCUGGACGACCGGUCUGUGUCGUACGACCUCCUAGACACAUCCCGGCGACCAGACGUCGACGACCAAGUACAAGACAAUUCGUUCCCCAAACUACCGGACGAUAAUAUGAACUCGGAGUUGAAUACCAGUGGGUUUUAUUUAGACAACAGCAAAAUUCAACCCACGCUCCAACCGAACGGUUGAAAUCAUCCCAGGACUAUUGUAGAACUACAAUAGGGGUAGGCGGCCCCAUCGCCACGGCAGGGAAUGUUAAUAAAGAGAUUUGUACAG